AUGAAAACUGACUGGCAUAGAUAUAAUCUUAAAAGACGAGUCUCGCAGUUGCCUCCAAUAACUGAGAAGCUUUUCAAUGAGAAAGUAGGAAAUAUAACCAAAACCAGUGAAGGACAUGAAAUACGUGAGGUCUCUGCAGGGGUAAGUGGCAAACAACUGGCAAAAAAAGAGCGAAGGAGAUUGGAAAAGGAGGCUUUGUUAGAAAAGAAAAAGCAGCUUCUAGACAUUGCUAGGCGACAAAUCAUGUCGUCCAGUGACGAGAUACCAGUUUAUGAUCAAACCAGGGCUGAGGGAAGUGACGUAGAGAGCUUACUCAAUGAUCGAAAGGAAAGCCCGGUUCUAUUAGAUAAUACAUCUCAUGAUGAAACUAGGGACGUUUAUGAUUGGAAGACCGAACAGCUCAUUGACCAGAAAAUCAAAAAUAAAGUUGAAAUACCCUUGGACAUGUGUAUGUUUUGUAGCCACGUGUCUUCCGAUCUAGACGAAAACAUAGAUCACAUGUUCAAAAGUCAUGGAUUGUUUAUUCCAGAAAUGAACUAUUUGGUUGACAAAGCCGGAUUAAUAUCGUACCUAUCUGAGAAAGUUGGGUUGGGGAAUAUGUGUUUAUCAUGCAAUUUCCAGGGUCGAAAUAUUGAGAGCGUGAGACAACAUAUGCAUGCAAAAGGGCAUUGCAGAAUUCCUUAUGAAACUUUAGAUGAAAAGCUGGAAAUCUCAGAAUUUUACAAUUUUGAAUCCAGUUAUUCGAACAACACGGAAGCUGAUAUUAAAGAUGAUAGUGAAGAGUGGGAAGAUUUAUCAGACAAUGAAGUUCAUGAAAAUUCUGGGGAUGAAAUAUCCACGGAUGAUCUAUACACUAACGGAUACGAGCUCUAUCUUCCGAGCGGUCAUGUUGCCGGUCAUAGAUCUUUAAUGAGAUACUACAAGCAAAAUUUGAAGCCCGAUAGAGAGCUUACAGAAGGUCAGGGAACACUAGUCGCAGCAGAAACCAGACACUUCGUCCAACCUAUUGAUCGCAAGGAGCUCCAGGCCAGGAAGAGAGUCUGGACUAGACAGGAAAAAUUAAAGGAUGUUAAUGAUAGAAGAUCAGCAAAGUUCAUUAAUCAUCAAGCUCAUUACAGAGAUCAAUUAUUACAAUGA